UUAAUUUAUGGCGUGGUGUUCCUCGGAGUCACUGUUCUCUCGAGCAACUUUUUCCUGAGCCAUUUCGUCCUGUCAAUCUCGGAGCUCCCCAGCAACGGCCUCGGCUGGGUGUGGACGCACUACCUCGGUCGUCGCUGCACCUGCAUCCUCUCUUUCCUCACAACUGCUGCAUUCUGUGUUGCGGCGACUUUCUGUCUUGAAGACAAGUGGGCGAUGCUGGCCGUAGCUGCAUGCAUCAGGCUCUUCUCCACACAGCUUAUAUACAUCGUGACGAUUCAGAGUGGAGAGAUCUUUCCCACGCCGAUAAGGUCCACUGGGUUCGCUUGGAUGGUAGUGUGUGGAAUGGGAGCCAUGGUAGCUACCCCAUAUAUUCUUCAUUCGGGCUAUGGUGAAUCUUUUCCUUACUGGCUGCUCGCUUCGUUCCUGUUACUCGGUGCCGUCCUGGGUCUCUUCCUCCCAGAGACUAUCGGCCUACCACUUCCCCAGACUUUCGAUGACGCCGAGGAACUGGGCAAAGGACGACCCCUUAUGACCUGGAUCCACUACUGGAAUCAACACAGGUAUAUGCCAGUCUCGUCUAAGGAACCUGACAAUCUUGAACUCAAAAGAGGUGAGAAAGAGAACUAAGGGUUUUCAGUUUACUAGACUGUACAAGAACGGACAGAUGUAACAACACUCACCCUUACAUUGCCCAAGAGAAAAACCCCAUGUAAUAAGUCAUCAAUUAUCCCCCAAGUGACGUAAAUUCCAUAGUUUUUUCAUUUUUAAAUUUUCUACAUUAUUUUUUUUUUUACUUAAUAGAUUUAAAUUAAUAUGUAAUUGUUCUAUCAACACGCUGCGGCACAAGUAGAUAGAGUGAAAU